CAAUGGUCAGUGUUCAACUUAACAUUUUGAGAAUUGCACGCGCGUAUCAAGCGAAAAAUGAAGCUAGUCUGCUUGUUGACUAUCAUUUUGUUUGCCGUUCUUGUAACAUCAAGACCACAGAAAAAGGAGGAUAAGCCAACGAAGGAAUUGACACCAGAGGAAAUUUGUGCGCUAGAUUCAUCGGAUGGCAACUGUGAAGCAUAUUACCCGAAAUUCUUCUUCAACUCAAAAGUUCGCCGAUGUGAAUUAUUCCUAUACGGUGGAUGUGGCGGCAAUGCCAAUCGAUUUAAUAAUAUGCGAGAAUGUGAAUCAAAAUGUGGCAAUUUUAAGUUUAAGAAAUCGAAUUGUAAUAAUUCACAUCACUGUGCACGUGCACACCUCAACGCUGAGGAGAUUUGUGCAUUACCAAAAUCAGACGGAAAUGAACGUACGACUUGUCUGGCAUAUCUUCAAAGUUUUUUCCAUAAUUCAACGAGUGGCAAUUGCGAGGAAUUCAUUUACGGCGGCUGUGGAGGAAAUGAAAAUAUAUUCUCGUCCAAAGAUGAAUGUGAAAAAUUUUGCAAAGGCAUCAAAAAUUUGGAUGGAGCAACCGAAAAACCGCAGGAUUGAAUCGAUAUGCAACGCACCAGACCUUUUGUGCACACCACGUUUAUUUUUUUGUAUCGUGUAAGCCGAAAUUUGACCAAGUUGUGUAUCAUUCUGUUUUUGAUAAAUAAAUGAUCGAAUUUUCUGAAUUGUGUAAAACAAA